ACCACACAAUCAUCACACAAUGUUCAAGAAGUUCACCAAGGAAGACAUUCACUCCCGUUCAAACAUCAAAUCCUCAGUUCAGAGAGGACUCAAGUCCAACCUCGUUCAAUUAUAUCCACAGCUUGAACCAGCUAUUGACAAUUUAAUACCGAAGAAAUCCCAGGUGGUCUCUAUAAAAUGUGAAGAAAAGAUUCAAUUGUACUGUGUUGACAAUGAAAUUGUCAUGUUUCAACAAUAUAACGAUGAAUUGGUACCAAGUUUAACCACCGUUCACAAAUACCCUGAUUGUUUCCCUCGUGUUCAAGUUGACCGUGGUGCAAUCAAAUUCAUCUUGAGUGGUGCAAAUAUUAUGUGUCCUGGGUUAACUAGUCCUGGUGCUAAAUUACCUGAAGAAAACAUGGAAAAGGAUGCAAUUGUCACUGUUUAUGCUGAAGGUAAGGAAAAUGCAUUGGCUAUUGGGAAAUUAUUAAUGAGUAUUGAUGAUAUAAAGACAAAGAAUAAGGGGAUUGGUAUUGAAUUAGUACAUUAUUUAGGUGAUGGAUUAUGGAAUCAUCAAGAAUAAUCUAUAUAUAUGUUUUGACUAGGUGAAAGACUGUAUGUAUCUAAUAUAGAUAGGUAGUCUUUUAGUUCUUGUUUAAUUGAGGUAUCAAUAUAAUAGUACAAUUUAAACUGUAAUAUUGACAUGUUGUCCAAGUAUAACUUGGAUAUAAUACCCUUUAUUCUUAAUAUUGAAUUGUUAAGUAGGAACAAUCUUUGUACAGGAUCUUUGUUUGGUAUAUUUAUAGUCAAGCUAAUCCAAUCUGGUUGUAUGUUGAUUGUAGUAGGUUUAGGCUUAUACUUGUCUAGCAAGUAUAACCAUUUCUUAGCCCUUUUGUCAAUUUGGUACUCACCCAUUUGUACUUUUGAUAUGAAAUACAAUUCAGAAUUUUCAAUUUCGUCAUUAGUCAACAAACUUCCGUUCAAUUUGUAUAGUUUAGUAUGAGGAAUCGCAUGAUAGUCUUGACAAUAAAACCUGGCUAUUAAUUGAGUUGUCAUUAUGUCUAUAUCUUGAAACAACGGAUUAUGGUUUAUACGGAGAAUUUGUAAAUUAGGUGCAGCUUCUGACAACCAAUCAAUAAAACUGUACAGCAUUAUCUGGUUAUUUCGUAAAUCAAGACUUGUGAUAUUCAAUUGUGACACGUUUGAAUAGUCUGAAAUAUUAUUGUGACUUAAGUUAAGUGAUGAAAUAUUAACCUUGGGAAAAAUAGUUAACUGGUUAUAUGAAACGUCUAGUACUUCCAAUUGUGCAGGUAGAUUUAAAUUAUUGAUAUCUUCGUUUGUAUAGUUAUUUCCUGAUAUAUAAAGCUCAGUCAAUUUAGGAAAUUUGGGAAGAAUAUGUUCAUUUAAAUUAGCAACUGUUACCAACGUGCUCGAAAGUUUUAGUACUUUCAAGUUAUGAGUAUUUGUGGGACUAAACUUAUAAAAUCUAUUACCGUUUAAAUUAAGUUCACGUAACCCAGGUAGCAAAUCGACAAUUUUCCAAACUUCGGUGAUAUCAUUAAACAAAUUAAAACUCAAUUCAAGGUGAGUUAAAUUUCCAAGAUUGGUAAAUAUUGAUUUGUCAUAAUCAGCCCGAUUAAUCAAAUGAAAAUCUAAAGU